AGUGAUGAGCUAUUUUUAAGACCAUGUAAUCUAACCUAGGAUAUGAAGUUUCGUUUUAUUUUCCUGUUUCUGAGUAUUAUACUUUCAUUUUCCCUGGUUUCUGUUUAGUCCCGAGCUUGACAAGCUUGACGAAGAUGAUGUACCAAAGAUUAUCCUCUGCCUCUGCCUCUUUCCUCUUACCUUCUUGCUCAUCAAUUCUUGAUGUCAAAAAGAAAAUAGCUCCUGAGUUUGGGGUAACUCACUAUUCCGUCAGUAUCGUCGAUUUAGAAGAUGGAAUCAUAUAUGAGGAUGGAAGGCCAAUCUCUGGACUGUCCUCCCCACUACAAAUAAUGGUCGGAAAUGAAGACAGGCAAUUCCCUUCGUAUCUGAAUACAGCGGAACCGGACAUGCUCACACAUGACGAUUCUGAAGAUGAACCGCGACUGAAAAUGUCUUGUGGACAUGCAAUUUCUGCUGACAGUCUCUUUGGUUUCACAAAAAGGGAACUGAUGACAAAUAUAGUGGAUACCAUACGCUGUCCAACAGAAGGUUGUAAUUCGGAGUGGAGGAUGCAAGAAAUCGUACGAAAAUCGAACAUGACAGAAGAUGAAAGAAUCUUCUUUGAAUAUCGAAUAUCAAUGAAUGCAGUUCACAAAGAAGGUGAUUCCACCUCAAGUUGCCCAGAUUGCGGGAAUUUUUGUCAGAGACAGGCGGAAGACAACAAGCGCGUCAACUGUACAUUUUGCAGUAAAUCAAAAGGCAAGGAAUUCGAUUUUUGCUGGGAAUGCAAAUCACCAUGGUUUCCAAAUCAUAGCUGCGCCAAGUCAGAACUAGAGGCUUUUCAAAGAAUCCUAAAUGAAGCUCCUCUGAAAAAAAUAGACUACUCACACAUCGAAGGAGUGCCCUCUAAGCGCAUGUGCCCAAACUGUCGAAGUUUGAUUGAGCACGAAAGCAUGUGUAAAGAGAUGACCUGUAUCAAAUGUAAAUUUAAAUUUUGUUUUUCGUGCCUCACUCCUUGUCUGAAUGGAAAUCUUAGAUGCAGCAGCUACAGCCAAAAAUGUUCGGUUGCUCCAAUUCAGAAUGUGUUUCAAUGACAAUGAAUUAUUAUGACAAAGUCUUCAAGAAUUAAGUAGUCAAUUG